GAAAGCUAAAACCCAGAGCAAACCCAACCAUAGUUCCGUGAGAUUUUUUUUUCUUCCUCCCCUUGUUAAACUUGUUUUCUAGUCUUCCGUUUCACCGUGGACAGUUCCCUUCUUCUUCGCCUGCUUCUGCUUCCAAUAAUGUCAGAGACUCACAGCAAUCCCUCUCAACUUCUGGUUUGAAUUUCAAAUUAAGCCAAUAGAUAAACCAUUUCACUCGUGUUAUCUUCGUUUUUCUGAUGACCGCCUUCUCAAAUACGACUCAAAUCUUAACUGCACGCGUUUUAGUCACUGUUCUAGUCUUCUUCCGUUUGAGCUUGGAAUUAUCUCCUUAUCUUUGUUUUUGAGCUUCCCUAUCUUUUGGCGCUUAGUCUAUAUCUGAAAUCCAUCAACUCCUAAGCUUUGAAGGAGACCGAAGAUCUUCAAAUUCGUCGAACUAAAGGCUGUCUCGUGUUUUCUUUAGAUAUAUUUUUGUUUCAAGAACUUCAAGGCUAGUCGUGACGUGUUGAUAUCUCAAAAUUUCCAUUUGGCUACUUGAGGAUGAGCUGGAGAGUAUGAGCUGAGCAAGAGAUGCCGUCAGUUUGUAUUGAGCUGUAAUGAAGAACUUACAGAGCACUCAGGAAGUAAAGUCUUCGACCCAAGGUUCACACGAAUCCCAAGGUGACCAACAAAACAAUCAAACAACAGAAGCUCCCUUAGCAGAUUCUGCUUCUGUAUCUGCUUCAAGCAAUGAUGGCAGAAAAGUUUCACGUCAAGACAUUGAACUGGUCCAGAAUUUAAUAGAACGAUGUUUGCAGUUAUACAUGAACAGGGAUGAGGUUGUAAAAACCCUCCUCACUCGUGCAAGGAUAGAUCCUGGAUUUACUACUUUGGUAUGGCAGAAGUUGGAAGAGGAAAAUGCUGAUUUUUUCAGAGCCUACUAUGUAAGGUUGAAAUUGAAGAAACAAAUUCUUCUCUUCAACCAUUUGCUUGAGCACCAGUAUAAUCUCAUGAAAUAUCCUGUACCUCCAAAGGUUCCUUUGGCCCCAAUACAAAAUGGAAUCCAUCCCAUGCCUGUUAACAACUUACCUAUGGGAUACCCUAUCCUACAACCACCUACAAUUCCAGCUACAGGUCAACCCCAUCUUGAUUCUAUUGGGUGCGGAAUUUCAAGCUGUCAUGUGGUCAAUGGAGUCCCUGCACCAGGAAAUUUUCAUCCAAUGAGGAUGAAUUCCUCAAAUGACAUGGUAAUCGACAACAAUCUAACUGAUACUGCUCCUGUUAUUCCACCUAAUAGUGCCAUGUCAUCCAUGUCAGACAUGCCUGUUAGUCCUACGUCUGUGGCAUCUAGUGGCCAUUUUCCAUUUACUGCGUCAGACAUGUCGGGAAUGGGAGUAGACACUUCAGCACUUGAUACUGCAUUUACGUCUGAUGUGGCAAGUUCAGUUGGUUUGCAGCUGGGCCCAGAUGGAGUUGGAAAUUCAAGAGAUUCCCUCAGAUCAUUGGAUCAAAUUCAGUGGAAUUUCAGCCUUUCUGAUCUGACAGCAGAUUUAUCGAACUUGGGAGGUGGGUUGUGGCCUAGUUUUAUAUUAUCUCCCAAUAUAUGAUUUAUUGAUUGGGU